CAACGCAUUUGGUCGUGCAUGCGUGGCUUUGGUGGCGUUCAGACCGAUACAUUUGUGACCUCUCUCUCUAAAACAAUUUUUUUCCUAUAAUAAUAUUGUUAAUAAAGCGACAGAGAGCUGCAGAUAAUCUACUUCCUAGUCCAAACCUGCCGCUGGACAAUCGGGGCUGGGUAUGAACCCGGGACUAUCGAGACGACCGAACGAUCAGUCCAUUCUAUAGAAAUGAUACUAAGGUUUAUUUCCCUUGCAUUCGCCGUCCUCAUCUCCGUGAUAGCGGUCAAGGGGAGAGCAGAAAAUGAAGAAGAGAACAGUACCAACAGUACAGAGAAAUAUGGCGCCAAAAAAGAUGGCAUACAGAAAAGGAUAUAUGGCGGGAAAACGUUGGAGGAUCCCCCAGAGACAUUAAUCGUCACAGAAGAGAUCUGGUUUGACAUCCAAAUACAAGACUACGACGGGCAAGGCCAAGACUACAGGGGAAGAUUUACCAUUGGCUGCUUCGGCAAACUUACUCCAGUGACAUGCAUGAAUUUCAUCUCGCUGGCCAAAGGUUAUAAGAAAGGCAGGCUAAUCUUGAGCUACAGAGGUACAACAGUGGCCACUGUGGUGCGUGACUUUAUGAUUCAGUUGGGAGAUGUCCAGACCAAAUAUGGCAACAGUGAAAGUAUUUUUGGUGUGAAGUUUUAUGAUGAAAGUUUUGCCAUUAGCCACAAUCACGCAGGCUGGGUAGGCAUGGCCAACUCUGGGCCUGACUCCAACGGCUCCCAAUUCUACAUCAUUCUCAGGACUGCUAGAUGGCUUGAUGGCAAGCAUGUCAUUUUUGGCAAAGUAAUACAAGGCAUGGAUGUGAUCGAAACAAUAGGUCGUGAAGAGACAGGUCCACUCAAUGUUCCAUUGAGGAAAAUUGUCAUUGAGAAGAGUGGCAUAAACCGAAUAAAAAGUCCCUAUGUACUAACAUCUGAACAGUUCAACACAGACGGUGAUAUCGACACUAGAACAAAACAAGAACUUUAGACAUUUAGAAUAGAACUAUUUUUAAUUAAUUGGCAUAGAGUGAUUCAUUUUUUUUACAACUGGAAUAUUUGAUUAAAUUUAAUCACGGAAAGAAUGUGAAUAGUUCAUGUACAUCUUGUAAUGGAAAUGUGUCCUAGUGUCAUGAGUUGCAAUCUUGGUAUGAAUGAAUUAGUUAUGUCAGCAAUAAAAUUAUCCUGAGAAUU